GACGAGACGUGCCCGACGAGAACGUACCUCCACGACGACCAGUUCACUUGCAUGGGCUGCCACAAGCACUGUUACUCCUGCCAGGGCCCCGGCAGUGAUGAAUGCCUGACCUGUGCUGUCCCCAAAUACCUUCAUAACAGCAGCUGUGUGGAUGAAUGUCCUGCUGCUACGUACUCCACAAGGCACGAAGCUGACUGGACAGGAGCUGGGAUUCUGUUUGCCCUGUGACCGUGUUUGCUCCAGCUGCACUGGGGCAUCGCCUCGAGACUGCCUGACCUGCUCUGUGGGAUACCUGCGGCUCUUCCAGCUCUGCGUCCUCCAUUGCCCCACCGGGUAUUACAAACAGAGCUCUCACUGCCAAAAAUGUGACCCGUCCUGCGAGCUGUGCACAGGGCCGGGGCCAGAGUCCUGCCGGGCCUGUCUCCCUCCUCUCCUGGAGCUGAAAGGCACCAAGCUGUGUGUCGAACGCUGCCCGCACCGCUUCCAUCAGGUCAAUGACCUCUGUAAACAGUGCCAUACCAGCUGUCAGACCUGCACAGACUCCUCGCCUCAAGGCUGCUUGACGUGUGACUGGGGUAGCACUUUGAAGGACAGUGUCUGUUACCCACGCUGUGAGGAGGGGCAGUACUUUUCAAAAAUGGAAACCUGUGGGCUUUGUGACAGCUCCUGCAGGCACUGCGUCGGCCCCAGACCUGACCAGUGUCUGACCUGUCACGUAGACUUCGCCCUCCAUGCUGUAGAGAACCGUUGCUCCCGCUGCUGUCAGGCUGCAGGGAAUCACACCAACUGCUGUGUUUGUGACACUCGCUCAGCUCUUUGUGUGGAGGCUCCUCUGUCCAGGCCUGGAGAUCACAAGGAGUUGGACACAAAUAUGUCCUCGCGGGCUUUAAAGCACACCUCAGCUGCUGUGCCUGUUGCCCUGCUGCUGGCAGCCGGUCUGGCGCUGGCGGUCUUUGCCUUGGUUAAGGCGCAUUCCAGGAGGAGGCUUUGCUGGAGCCAAAGCUACGAGAGACUGAGUGGGAGUGGCGGCAUCAACAUGCCACAUGGCGUGCCCGAGCCUGACAGCGGCGAUGAGGUAGAUGUGGUUUACACCAGCAGAGGCGGAUCAGUUUAUAGACGCUACAGCUUCAUCCUUGAGCAGGACACAGACGCAGACCAAGAUGUCAUCGGAAAUCAGUCUUAGAUGCAUCCAUGCCAAGGUGUACUAUCACUGAAUGAUUAUAACUGUAAAGUUUGGUUUAAAAAAGUAGUUUAGUUUAUGUUUAGAAAGACAUGGAGAUGCAUUUACAGAUGUUUACAUGUAAUCAUAGUGUUAAUUUGAGGCUUUUAAUGAUUAUUUGAACAUGAUUUUGUUUAAAGUUAAAAUAAUUUUUAAAACAAGAGCUGCAUGCACAAGUUUGAAUUUGUGGUGGAAUUUCUCUUCUCCGAGUAUCAAAUCUAAUCUCUUACACUCCCACAAAUAUUUACAUAUACUGUCAUGAUGCAUGUUGUAGUCUGUGCCAGAAGCUUGGUAAUGGUGUAAAAAGGGUUUGGUAAAAGUUCAAACUGCUGAGGGUCAUUUAAAGAAAUUUUAGUGUGUGUGCAUGUAAAUGUUUCUGCACUGUGUACAUGAGGCAAAAAUCCCCAAUAAAUCCAAACUUGUACAUCCAA